CAAUUUUGUUUGUGACAUGUCUUCUAACCUCACUUUUAAUGUAUAUGUGUAUCGUAAACAGUUUUGAAUUUCUUUAUCUUUCAUACAAACAAAUUGAUUACACUUAAAUAAAAGUAAUUUUUUCUCGAUAUGCUGGGUGUACCGGAAUGUUUUGAAUUUCCUUUCACACCGUACUCAAUUCAGCAUGAAUUUAUGAGACAAUUGUAUGAGGUUCUCGAACGCAAACAAUUGGGCAUUUUUGAAAGCCCCACCGGUACAGGGAAGUCAUUGAGCAUAAUUUGCGGUGCUCUACACUGGUUGAGGGAUCACAAUGAACGCGAACGUAAUGAGCUGGAAUUACAAAUUCAGACGAUUGAGGAAGCGAAAUCAAAGCUGGAUGCGGACAAGAAUAAUGACUGGAUUAAAACGCAAACGGAGGAAAUUGAAUUGAAUUAUAAGCUUAAUAAGUUAAAAUUGCAACAAAAUAGUAUCGCAGACUAUGAUAGACGAAUUGCGAAAUUGUGCAGUAAAAAGGCGUCUUCUGCCCCAUCCAAAUUUGAGAAGUUAAGUGAAAGUGUGGUAGAUGAUGAGAAAAUCACAGAAAAAUUGGAAGAUGAUGAUCUUUUGUUGGAGGAUGCUGUCGUAGAGAGUGAUGAGGAGUCAAGUGAUGAAUCUGAUUGUAAUAAAUAUGAGCCAGUGAAGAUCCUAAUUUGUAGCAGAACACAUUCGCAACUAUCUCAGAUGGUCGGCGAAAUUUUGAAGUCACCCUUUGGCGUCAACACUCGUGCGGUCUCGCUCUCCUCGCGUCAAAACUAUUGUAUUAACCCACUUGUUUCGAAAUUGAAAAAUAUUGCGUUAAUAAACGAAAGAUGUUUAGAUAUGCAAAAAAAGUCAAAAGCAAACAAGGUCGAUUCUGAUGGAAAGGUUUUGAAACGAGCGAAAGGAAUGUCAUCGGGACAGUGCCCUUACAAUAAACAGCAAAAUAUCGACGAUUUGCGAGAUUCUGCACUAACCUCUGUUUGUGAUGUAGAAGAUCUGGUGAAAAUUGGAAAACAACUCAACGCAUGUCCGUAUUAUGCGAGUCGUAAGGCGGCUGAAGAUGCCCAUGUGGUAUUGGUACCGUACAAUACACUUCUGCACAAAAAUACAAGGGAAUCGAUUGGACUUAAGUUGAAGAAUAACGUAGUUAUAGUGGACGAAGCGCAUAAUCUAUUAGAUGCUCUAGCACAAAUGUACAGUUCCGAAAUCAGCCUGCAACAGUUGCAGGACGCCCGCGGAAGGCUUCGCGCCUAUAAACAGCGAUAUUCGAAGAGGUUUUCUGCACAGAAUUUACUUUGUAUCAAUCAAAUACUAUUCGUUGUCUCUGGCAUAAUAAGUUUAUUAGAUACGAAAAUUGAGAACCAAUCAAAAUCUGCGGUUUACACUGUGGAAGCAUUUGUUUUAUCGGCUGAAAUCGACAACUACAAUAUGUUUAAGUUAUUGAAAUUUUGUCGCACAAGUAAAAUCGCACAUAAGCUACAAAACUACAGCAGCAUGUAUCCUAUAGAUUCAGUAGCUCCUCCAAACAAAGAGCAAAAAAAUGCAAGAGCAAAAAUGAAAGAUUUUCUUGACAGCAUUGAAAACAAGACUUCAGGCAGCAACGUCGUCUCUACAGAAGAAGUAACCCUAACUCCUGCCAAAUCAACCGUAGCCGUAGGAAAUCCAUUUCUAGCAUUCUUAUCAUUUUUGGAAGCAUUAACGUGCACGUACGAAGACGGCCGCAUUAUUGUUCAUAAGGGCGACCAGUGCAAAGUGCAAUUUUUAUUGUUAAACCCGGCGGAGCAAUUUAAAGAAAUUGUGAGGGAUGCGAGAGCGGUAAUAGUUGCAGGUGGAACAAUGAAACCAAUCUCGGAGUUUAGAAACAGAUUGUUUGUGGCAGCUGGCGCAACAAAUGACAGAAUUGUCGAAUUUUCCUGUGAUCACAUUAUCCCCCCUGAAAACAUUUUGCCAUUGGUGGUAACGAAGGGGUUACAAGGGGAGAGGAUGCUCUUUAACUUUGAAAAUCGCUUUUCUAUGGGUAAUUGUAUAAAACAAACACUUCUGGAGAUAUCAAGUACCGUUAAAGGGGGAAUUGUUGUAUUUUUUCCCUCUUACAAAUACGAAGCAUGGGUGUAUCAGCAAUUGCAGGAUGUGAGAUUUGGAAAACCAGUUUUCAGAGAGCCACAAAAUACUGGAUCUGUUGAUUCUGUGCUCAAUGCCUAUGCGUGCGCGAUUCGCAAACCCAACAGCACAGGGGCCAUAUUAUUUAGUGUUGUUGGGGGAAAGCUCAGCGAAGGCUUAAAUUUUAGUGAUGAUCUUGGCAGAUGCGUCGUAGUUGUCGGGCUUCCGUAUGCAAACAUUUACUCGCCCGAACUAAAAGAGAAAAUGGUCUAUUUGGAUAAGACAGAGGGAGCAGGCUCGGGACAACAAUUUUAUGAAGCGAUUUGUAUGAAAUCCGUAAACCAGUGCAUUGGAAGAGCAGUCAGACAUAAAGAUGAUUAUGCUUGUGUACUUUUGCUGGAUGACAGGUAUGAUAGGUUGGGAACAAAAAAUUCACUCCCAAAUUGGAUUAAGAGGUCUCUGCAAACUUGCGUAUUUGCAGAUGGCGUGAAAAGCAUGAAGGAUUUUUUUUCUCGAAUGAAGCAAGCAAAUAAAUGACUAUUUGUCAAAUUUAUUUAUUUUUGUGUUUGAUUUUGAGAUCAAUUGAAGAAGUAUAGGCUGUGAACGGUAAAGAAGUAAACCAGUGCUGCGAAAUAAAAAUGUUUUCUUAAGUAUUCUUACAGAGUAAUAUUGUAUUAACAAUUUGUGUGUGUAUUAAAAUAUUUGUAAGACA